AUGCCUACAGCCUGGUUGAAGAAGACAGCUUUGAGCUCAGCUCUGCAUGCCACAGUGCACUUGUCAGCCAUCCAGGCAAUCUCUUUGGUGCUGCAGCAAACAUCAGAGGGAGCAUUUGGAUCUGUCGCAUACGCAUUGGCCCAGUUGUACACUCCUUCCAGCAAGUCAAGUAGAGGCGAUGCGCGUGGUGAUGAUACUCAAAGCGCAGGGGAGUUGGUCAGGAGUGUGUCGGGCUCUGCGCAGACAGCAUUGGGCCCAGAUCAAGGAUCUGUGGAGGGCUGUGGACCUGCUGGUGCGAAGUCCCAAGGCGAGAAGAUUGUGACCCUGGAGGAAGAGAAGACUGCUCGUCAGGAGGAGCUAGCGGAGCUGCGCAAAGAGUCAGAAGCGGAUCCUGGCUCAAAAAGCCGUGCUCACAUGAACAGGGAGUUCCACAGCGCAAGCGUCAACUACAUGCUCAAGUACAUCAUGCCCAAUCAAUUGUCAGCUGUGUCGAUGAAGGACUUUGCCUACACCAACAAGUGCCCGAACAAUUUCGGCACCUUUUGCAAGCGCACAACCUCCACAAAUCCUUCUCGAGACCAGCUUGAGGCGAUUCUGGCCAAUGCACCAAAUCUUCAGCCCCUUUUGUGUGCCAGUGAGAGAAGGGAGAUUUUCAUGGCAAAGUGGCACCAAGCGCGCAGAGAAAAUUAUGCUCUGAUUGUCCAAGCAUUCGAAUUUGGUCUGGAAGAGGCCAGAGUUUAUGGAGCAGUCAGACACAGGAUGUCCAAGGAAGAGAUUGCCAACAGUCGCGCAAGCAGCACACGUGCGGCUUGCUCGCUCUCCCAUCCCCUCUCCUCCAUCCUUUUCACCUUUGCUCCCCUCCCCUACACUCUCCCACACAGGCACUUGCCCUUGUCAUCUUCCUUUCUAUCUUCAACAAUCCAGAAGAUGGGCCAGCUGUCAGAUGCACUCGCUCUCCCUCUUCCUCUUCUUGUCCCUUAA